GGCUGCUGAUCUGACAUGACAUCUCGUGGACCUGCCUGGUUACUUGGUUGGGUCCCUAUCAACGCUCGUGAACCCUGUUGUAGAGUGCGAAGUCGAGAGAGAGAGAGACAGCAAUUUUUUGAUCCCACAUCCAUAGCUAGUAAAAGUACCGUUUUAUAAUCAUUUUGUGUAAAUAUAUAUUUAACUUAAGUUUUAGUAUUGAUAGUUUAGUUAUUUAGUUGUUAUUGUGUUAUGUUAUAGUGUAGUUUAGUGUAUAGUGUUAUUAGUAUAGUGUAUAGUGUUAUAGUUGAAUAGUUUAGAUUCGUUUUUUGUGAAGGUGGGAAGGAAAGACACCCGAAGGACAUCAUUUGAGAUAUGGCAAACAGUGCUGGAAGAUCUGACGAUCUUAAGAUGUUCAAAAAAAAGGUUCAUCGUCUGAAGUUUUCGGUGGUGCAUUUUCUUGAGGAAAAUGAGGUGGAUGUGGCACCAUCAUUAUGGUUGGCGAAGAGCAAUGGGGUUCUGAAUUGCUAUUGGCCGGCAAAUAAUGCCAGCGUUCUGGCAAGACGCUGUGCUCUGCCCGACAAGGUACUUUGGAAAAAGUACAAAGUUCGCGUUUUCUCUACAACAGACAGCUACAGCCUGGCCAGGGAGAGGGCAAGAAAGGGGCAAGACACCUCUCAGGUGGAAACGGUGGAGAUAAAUUCGAGGAGGAUAAACGUUCCUGCCAGGUACCAGGAGCCUGAUAGUGACGAUAAGGAAGAAGUAAUAAAAAAAAUAAAAAAAAGAACAAUAAAACCUGGAGUGUUGCCAAGAGGGCCUGCGUUCCCUUCACCACCUAUCAUCACACCUGUCAGGGUCGAUGAUGGCUGGGCUGGUGUAUCAGCUGCUGGAAUCCAACCACAUAAUAUUACUCCAUGUGAAUCCUCCACCAUCGGGGGAGAAACCUAUGAGGCCAUUCAAGGGAACCAUCAAGAUGGAACGGAUACAGUCUCCAAAGAGAUUUUCAGUUUCCUGGAGGGUAUGGAGAGGAGGAUUAUGCUGAAGUUGGAAAGGAUGCACGAGGACCUAAGAAAUGGCAAUGGUAGAGUCAUGGAGGCUGUGGAGUCCAGGCCAGGAAGGACAUCUGAGGCAGCUGAAGAGGACAUGUUAGAGGGUCCAUGUCAAAACCUUGCAGACUUGGAGGACCUCUGCAAAAAGAUUGCAGCUCUUUUAAAAAGAAAAUGAUUCGGCACCUGAGCCUUCUUGGAGGCAGCAAUGUCGGGGAUGGGGUUCGAAGGAUGCUGAAAAAAAUCGGCACUAAUGAGCUGUGGAAGGGGUUCAGUUUAAAGGGGAGAAAGGGGAAGAGACCCUUCCACAGUUUAUUAAUUUAUGACGUGGUGAUACGUGCCUGCAGCCGUACCUUUCCGAAUGUGGACUGCCAGAAGGUGGAGGAGGCCAUUGCGGUUACCCUCAAACAUGCUCCCCACCGCAGAUCAACAAACCAGGUAUUGAUUCCGGACGACCUGGUGGAGGACGAGGAGGAGGAGGAGGGGGAGGAGUCAAUCCAGGCUUUAACCCAUAAAUAAAGAAUUUGUUUAUACUUUAAACAGUGUUUUUUCUUCUAUAAGCAUAUACAUAAUAAGUUACAUACACAAUACAGCCUGUUAUACUGUAAGUAGAUUUAUUUUAAAUAAAGAAGUUAAAUAACAUUGUUGAGUGAACACAUUUAGUUUAGUUUUUCACUAUAGGCUACAUUUUACUAGUUAAUAUGCAUAGAUACUUUGUAUACAGAAAAAUAUCCAUUAAAUGCAUGUGACUAGGUUGAGAAAUUGAUCCUGCAUUUUGGUAUAUGAAGGUCCAAAGCAUGACCUGCUACCAAAAUCUGGGGAUGUCCCCUGAACGUCCCCUAAAUGUUGUGAGGACGUUACAUAGACGUCCCGGGACGUUUGUUUGCGACGUCCCCGGGACCUUUAGGGAACCAUCCAAAAGGACGUUGUGGGGACUUUCCCUUGCGACGUCCUUAUAACUUUCGGGGACGUUCAGGGGACGUCCUAGGGACGUCAUUUUGUUAGCUGGGACAGUUGAGUUUUUCACUCUCAAGUCAUCACUUUUUAUAAACGAGCUCUUUUUAAACUUGGCACUUUCCUAUGUGAUUUCAAGAUGAUAUAUAUCUUCAAAACCUGUACAUUUCUCUUUUCACUCAGGAAAUAUGUCCAAUAUGUGGACAAAACUUUCCCAAGAGGACAUACAAUUCCAUGCAAGCUUUUGUG